AUGGGAUUCAGUAGUUAUGGAGAAGAACAAGAAGUGUUGUUUGGUUUGGGCACGACAUUUAAAUUAGAUCAGAUUGAGGAACGAACAGACGAUUCGGGAACGAAUACGUAUUUGAAUAUAAAAAUGCAUGGAACAGACGAAGGAAAAAAGAUUGCUCAAGAUUAUAUUAAAUACCGACAACAAGAAAUGGCUGGUGGAAACGAAACGAUCUUAUUUGGACAAUUACUAAAUCAAAUGGGUGAACAUCGAAAAGCAAUUAACUAUUUUGAAAAUCUGUUAUUGUCAUUCUGCAAUGAUGAAACGAACGAUCUAGCUAACGUUUAUUAUUAUACGGGUGAUGCUUAUAUUUUAGAAGGUGAUUACAAGCUCGCCCUACGAUGUUUACAACGAUCACACGAAAUUUAUAAGAAACUAGGUAAUAAACAAGGUAUGGCCAAUUCACAGGCACGUGAGGCUAGUGUUUAUGUAUAUCAAAAAAAUUAUGGUUUGGCAAAACAUUGGCUUAAACGAGCCGUUGAACUUUAUAAGCAAUUGCCAAAUCAACAGCUAAAUCUUGCUUUUUGUAAAAACGGUUUCGGAGAUAUUUAUCUUGGUAGGAGAAAGUACACUAAUGCUCUAGCUUGUUAUUUAAAUGCAUUGACAAUAAGAAAAGAGCAUUUGCCAGAUGACCAUCCAGAGAUAGCAAUGAGCUAUUUUAACUGUGGUCGAGUGUAUUUUUUACAAGGUGAUCAUGAAAAUGCGAUUUUAAAUUUGGAAAAGGCAUUGAAAAGAAAGCAAAAAAUUUUUCCACAUAAUCAUGUAUCAAUUGCACGUAAUCUACAUGUGAUGGCACAUGUUUACGAUAGCCAAGGAGAAACGGUCAAAGCAGUCGAACUUCUACAAAAAGCAUUAGAUUAUUAUAAUCAAACGUUAAUAGCAUAUCAUCCACAUAUAAUUAAUGCGCAAAGUGAUAUUUGUCGAAUAAAAGCUCGUUUAGCUCAAACACCUGGCGUUUCACAUGCAAGUCGUGUGCCACCAUCUCUAGCGAUUCUUGUACAAUCAAUGAUACCAUUUACAUUUAUUUUAUCAAAAUUAUUAUUAAAACAUAAAUUUUACCCUGCUUUAAUGAAUAUUGUUCAAGAACAAUUACAAGUAAAAUAUAUUGAAGAAAUGAAACAGCAAAUAAAUCAUCGAUCACUAGGCAUAAAAGGAUUUCCUGUUAUUUAUCUUCAAACUAUUGAAAGUUUAUUUCAAUUUUUAAGUAUUACUUUGAGUUUUGGUUUUCAUUUAAUACCAAAUUUUAGUACAUCCGAUAAUUUACAUAGAUUUUGGUUAUUAUUUUCAAAUAGUUUUAAAUAUUUUUUUAAUAGAGUUGAUAGUAGUCAUACAUCAUCCAAUCGAAGACAUGAACAACAAGAUGAUGAUGAGCAUGUGAUUGAACCAGUCACAGGAUUAUUUUGGUAG